CUACUCAUAGGUUCUACUUAAAUCAUUAUUUAUAGUUUUUGAACAUCCUAUACAGUGUAAUUUAGCCAACACCGCACAAACCGUAGCUGUUGUUAACAGAUUUAUUACAUAUUGUUUGCUUAUUUCCACUCUCGAGGUCAUUUGAAAUUGUUAUGCGAUUAACAAGUAAUUGUAGAGAUUAGAUAAAUGAGUCCAAGUACAAGGUGUAGACUUUCUACGAUCAAAUCGACAUUUACAAAGUCGUGAAGAAGAGUUCAAAUCGAUACAAUCGUCAAACUAAAAUGGCAGAAAAUCAGAGUCCGAGAGUUCUGUCAGUCCAAAGUCACGUAGUCUCAGGUUACGUUGGCAAUAAAAGUGCAACAUUCCCUUUACAACUGCUGGGUUUUGAAGUAGAUGCCAUAAAUUCCGUGCAGUUUUGUAAUCACACAGGAUAUAAAGCAGUAACAGGGCAAGUGUUAACAGAAAAGGAUUUGGAUGAUUUAGCCAAGGGCCUCGAAGAAAAUGGGUUGGAUUUUUAUUCUCAUUUACUUACAGGGUAUAUUGGAGCAGAAUCGUUUCUCCAGCGGGUCUGCUCAUUAGUUAAGCACUUGAAAACUGUUAAUCCUAAACUUACUUAUGUGUGUGACCCAGUUAUGGGUGACAAUGGAAAAAUGUAUGUACCAAAGGAGCUCUUACCUGUUUAUAAAAACUCAGUACUGCCAUUAGCUGAUAUUAUAACUCCAAAUCAGUUUGAAGUGGAGCUUUUAACAGAUAUUAAAAUAAAUAGUGUCGAUGAUGCAUGGAAAGCUAUCGAUGUUCUUCACAGCAAGGGAUGUCCAAUUGUGGUUCUUUCCUCAACAGAGUUAGGAACCGAACAAUCAUUACUAGCUAUAGCGAGCAAGAAAGUUGGUUCGAAUAGCGAAAAAGUGACAAUAAAAAUUCCUAAAUUGCCUGCUUCAUUUACUGGAACUGGAGAUUUAUUUGCUGCGUUGUUACUGGCGUGGAUGCAUAAAACCAACAGUCAGCUUAAAGUGUCGCUUGAAAGGACUGUUUCAUCAUUACAGGCAGUUUUAAAGCGGACCUUAGAGGACAGUAAGGGAGAAAGAACAUCAAAAGCCAUGGAACUAAAGUUAAUCCAAAGUAAAAGUGAUAUUGAGAGUCCAAAGAUAGUAGUUUCUGCUGAAAGUGUUUUUUAGCCAAGGUAGUCACUACUUGAAUUUUAUCGAAGUCUUCCAUGUUUGGUACAGAUGAUUACAAUACUUUACAUAUUGUAAAUAUUUUGUGUUACUUACGAUUUGUUUAUAACGUGAUCAAAAUAUUUUUAAAAUAAUGUUUAUAUAUAUUGUGACAUAAGUUGUUUUUAUUAUUUGAAUUUACGAACUAUAAAAUGUUACUAGAA